UUCACUCCGGCUGGCGCCGCCGCCUCGCGCGCUCCUGCUCCGCCGCGACCGUCCGGGGGGGCUGCUCCUCCCAAGUACCAUGUGUGACGGCGCCCUGCUGCCUCCUCUCGUCCUGCCCUUGCUGCUGCUGCUGCUGGUUUGGGGACUGGACCCGGGCGCAGCUGUCGGCGACGCGGCGGCCGACGUGGAGGUGGUGCUCCCGCGGAGGGUGCGCCCCGAAGACGCGCACCUGCCGCUGCUGCCCGGGGCCCCAGGGCCCCGCAGGCGCCGGCGCCCCCGCGCGCCCCCCGCCGCCCCGCGCGCCCGGCCUGGCGAGCGCGCCCUGCUGCUGCACCUGCCCGCCUUCGGGCGCGACCUGUACCUGCAGCUGCGCCGCGACCUGCGUUUCCUGUCGGGCGGCUUCGAGGUGGAGGAGGCCGGCGCAGCCGGGCGCCGCGGACGCCCGGACGAGCUGUGCUUCUACUCCGGCAGCGUGCUGGGCUACCCCGGCUCCCUCGUCUCCCUCAGCGCCUGCGGCGCCGCCGGCGGCCUGGUUGGCCUCAUCCAGCUCGGGAAGGAGCAGGUGCUAAUCCAGCCCCUCAACAGUUCCCAGGGACAAGAGCACCUGAUCAGGCGCAAAUGGUCCUCGACACCCAGCCCCUCUGCCGAGGCCCGGAUACCCGGGCAGCUCUGCAAGGUCCUCGCAGAAAAGAAGAAGCCGAGGAGGGGCUGGCCGUCGCAAGACUGGCGGGAGCGGAGGAACGCCAUCCGGCUGACCACCGAGCACACGGUGGAGACGCUGGUGGUGGCCGACGCCGACAUGGUGCAGUACCACGGGGCCGAGGCUGCCCAGAGGUUCAUCCUCACUGUCAUGAACAUGGUAUACAACAUGUUUCAGCACCAGAGCCUUGGAAUUAAAGUUAACAUUCAAGUUACCAAGCUUGUCCUGCUACGACAACGUCCUGCCAAGUUGUCCAUUGGGCACCAUGGUGAGCGGUCCCUGGAGAGCUUCUGUCACUGGCAGAAUGAGGAGUACGGAGGCGCACGGUACCUCGGCAACAAUCAGGUUCCAGGAGGCAAGGACGACACGCCCCCCGUGGAUGCUGCUGUAUUCGUGACCAGGACAGAUUUCUGCGUACACAAAGAUGAACCUUGCGACACCGUUGGAAUUGCUUACUUAGGAGGUGUGUGCAGUGCUAAGAGGAAAUGUGUGCUCGCCGAAGACAAUGGCCUCAAUUUGGCCUUUACCAUCGCUCAUGAGCUGGGCCACAACUUGGGCAUGAACCACGAUGAUGACCACUCCUCCUGCGCCGGCAGGUCCCACAUCAUGUCGGGAGAGUGGGUGAAAGGCCGGAACCCCAGCGACCUGUCCUGGUCCUCCUGCAGUCGAGAUGACCUUGAAAACUUCCUCAAGUCGAAAGUCAGCACCUGUUUGCUGGUCACAGACCCCAGGAGCCAGCACGCGGUGCGCCUGCCCCACAAGCUGCCGGGCAUGCACUACAGCGCCAACGAGCAGUGCCAGAUCCUCUUCGGCACCAACGCCACCUUCUGCAGGAACAUGGAGCAGCAUCUGAUGUGCGCUGGACUGUGGUGCCUGGUGGAAGGAGAUACGUCCUGCAAGACCAAACUGGACCCUCCCCUGGAUGGCACAGAGUGUGGGGCAGACAAGUGGUGCCGCGCGGGGGAGUGUGUGAGCAAGACACCCAUCCCGGAGCACGUGGACGGAGACUGGAGCCUGUGGGGCCCUUGGAGCAUGUGCAGCCGCACCUGUGGGACGGGAGCCCGCUUCCGGCAGAGGAAAUGCGACAACCCUCCCCCGGGGCCCGGAGGCACGCACUGCGUGGGUGCCAGUGUGGAGCACGCGGUCUGUGAGAACCUGCCCUGCCCCAAGGGCCUGCCCAGCUUCCGCGACCAGCAGUGCCAGACGCACGACCGGCUGAGCAGCAAGAAGGGGCUGCUGACAGCAGUGGUGGUUGACGAUAAGCCGUGUGAACUCUACUGCUCACCCCUCGGGAAGGAGUCCCCACUGCUGGUGGCCGACAGGGUCCUGGACGGCACGCCCUGCGGGCCCUACGAGACCGACCUCUGCGUGCACGGCAGGUGCCAGAAAAUCGGCUGUGAUGGCAUCAUCGGGUCUGCGGCCAAAGAAGACCGGUGUGGGGUCUGCAGCGGGGACGGCAAGACCUGCCGCGUGGUGAAGGGUGACUUCAGCCACUCUCGGGGAACAGUCAAGAAUAAUCUUUGUACCAAGGUGUCCACGUGUGUGAUGGCAAAGGCCGUUCCCAAGUGUUUCUCAUGUUAUAUUGAAGCUGCUAUCAUUCCCGCUGGAGCUCGAAGGAUUCGCGUGGUGGAGGAUAAACCUGCCCACAGUUUUCUGGCUCUCAAAGACACCAGUAAGAGGUCCAUCAACAGUGACUGGAAGAUAGAGCUCCCCGGAGAGUUCCAGAUUGCAGGCACGACCGUCCGCUAUGUUAGAAGGGGCCUGUGGGAGAAAAUUUCCGCCAAGGGACCAACCAAAAUGCCGCUGCACUUGAUGGUGUUGUUAUUUCAUGACCAAAAUUACGGAAUUCACUACGAAUACACCAUUCCCGUAAACCACACGGCUGAACACCAAAGUGAACCAGAAAAACCCCAGGACUCCUUGUUCCUCUGGACCCACAGCGGCUGGGAAGGGUGCAGCGUGCAGUGCGGAGGAGGGGAACGCAGAACCAUUGUGUCUUGCACACGGAUUGUUAACAAGACCACGACUCUGGUGAACGACAGUGACUGCCCUCAAGCCAGCCGUCCGGAGCCCCAGGUCCGAAGGUGUAACUUGCACCCGUGCCAGUCACGGUGGGUGGCAGGCCCGUGGAGCCCCUGCUCAGCGACCUGUGAGAAGGGCAUCCAGCACCGGGAAGUGACCUGUGUGUACCAGCUGCAGAACGGCACACACGUUGCCACUCGGCCCCUCUACUGCCCGGUGCCCCGGCCAUCGCCAGUGCAGAGCUGCGAAGGCCAGGACUGCCUGUCCAUCUGGGAGGCGUCAGAGUGGUCACAGUGUUCUGCCAGCUGUGGUAAAGGGACACAGAAACGAACUGUGACGUGCACCAACUCGCAAGGGAAAUGCGAUGCGUCCACGAGGCCGAGAGCUGAGGAGCCCUGUGAGGACUACUCUGGCUGCUACGAGUGGAAAACGGGGGGCUGGUCCAAGUGCUCGUCGACCUGUGGGAAGGGGCUGCAGUCCCGUGUGGUACAGUGCAUGCACCAGAUCACUGGGCGCCAUGGCAACGAGUGCCCUGCCCUCUCCAAGCCGGCAGCCUACAAACAGUGCCACCAAGAAGUCUGCAAUGACAAGAUCAACGUGAACACCAUCACCUCCCCUCGCCUUGCUGCUCUGACCUACAAAUGCACACGGGACCAGUGGACAGUGUACUGCAGGGUCAUCCGAGAAAAGAACCUCUGCCAGGACAUGAGAUGGUACCAGCGCUGCUGCCAGACGUGCAGGGACUUCUAUGCGAACAAGAUGCGCCAGCCACCACCGGCACCGAGCUCAUGACAGGCGGCCCAGCGGUCCCGCGACGCCCCGACGUGAGGUCUGCAUCCUGACCACAUGGCUCAUGGAAAGCCCACCCGCCGGAGAGCACACCAGUCCUGCGGCCGGGACCCGCAGAGCACGCCGAGGCUCACCCGGGAGGCUGUCCCCAAAAUCCAAUCGCUUAGAACUUGAGAGUGGACUUGACGUUUGCUUAGUGCUUUUAUACUUAAUAUAUUGUUAACAGCCACUGGAUGGCUUUCUAUGGUAAGGAAAAAAUAGGCAUGAGUCACAAAAUAAUUGUAAUUUCUAAGGUUCCACGUACCUCAAAGGGAACACCUCUGAUAGACAAUCGUGAAGAGAGAUGGCACGGGCACCCCGUCUCGGCUUUCUUCUGACGUUUGACUUCCCAAUGCUUGAUUGGGGCGGGGGGGCAGGGGAUAUCCAAAAAAUGAGACGUUUUACUGUAAAGCAGGCUUUAUUCUGAAAGCCAGUGAUGCCCUGGAUGGAAGGAGGCUUCUCUGGAGAGGCAGGGCUGCCGGAGCCCCUCGAUACCACAAGGACCAGCCCGUGGCCCCUCCGCCUGGUCGGGGAACGUGCUCCCUAGGUCCCAGCCUUUCCUUGGAGGUCUUGUCCCUGAGAGUCUGAGUCUGUGUGAACCAGCAAGGACACCAGGGCUGCAUAGUUCUGCACACCACCCACGUGGGGAAGAAUAUUCCGGAAGGGUUUGGGUUUAGGGACAUAUCUAGUUUUCAGAUCUCUGGGGUCGCUCACCCAGGGAAACAGAAGAGCCUCUCUUCAAGGUGCUGUGAGAGGAGGUACAUGCUAAUUUUGGCCUUGGGAUUGCUUCCUGGCAUAGAGGUGAGCUCAGGGCAGCUUUGUGAGGGGUAGAGGGGCUCCCCCUCUGCUUCCGGGGACCUCUGCUCCAACCAGUACUUCAUAAAGCUUUGCACCUUAGAGAUUGCUUCCCAUUGACCUUGGCCAUCUAUCUGAAGUUGAUUCUUCUUAGAACCUCUGAGGACUCAGGCUCAGGCCUGGCGCUUCACCCUGGCACAGGGCGGGUUUCCUCCAGGGCCGCUCAGCCUAGUGCCCAGAUGGGUGGAGGAGUGCCCCCUGGCCGGGAUGACUGCACACCCACCCAGCCUUCCCGUGGUCCAGACCUUGCAGUGUUUGUCAUUGUCAUGCUGUCAUUAUUGACCCAUCAUCGAGGGGCAGGAAUGACACUCAGAAAAGCAUGAAGAAGGUAUCUGCCUCCUACAGGACCCUCAUCCCUCAGAACAGAGCUGUGCCCUCUCUGCAGCCCAGGGAGAUGACAAGAGCAGCCCCUGUGAAAGCACAGAAGAUGGUAGGACCCUGCCCGCCCAGGAGCUGGGAGGAGGGGCUCCGACAUGCUGGGGGGUCUGGUCUGCUGACCAACUCCGUGGCUGUUUGAUGGGUGCUUACAUUCAAGGACUUUAUCAUGGGAAGCCCACCCUCUCUUCCCUUAUUUCCACGGGCGUCUUACUUAGGCUCAUCUCCAUGAGAUCAUCUCCAAGUGCUUCUUGAUUUAUUGGUGCUGUGUUUAUGUAUCUGUGUGUGUGUGUUUGACAUCACAACGUUAGAGUCAGCUUAAAUCAAAAAGUAAAAGAAACACUCUGCCGUCUCAAGCCUGUCUUAUGGGCUGUGUUUUGGUUUCUGAUUUUUACUACCCCAGAGGCAAAGGAGUGGUAGGGAUGGCAGGGAAUCUAUUCAGUUCCACUUGAAUCUGUGAGAAGUGUUGAAGAAGCUCCUUAGGUGCUCUGUGGAAAGACCCCAGAGGGUGCCAGGCUGGGGCAGCUCACCUGCAGGGUAACCUCAGCAGCUGCCCGGAGCCUGUGCAGAACGCUGUCCUCCCAGCUCCAGCUUGGUCGCCAGCAGACUCCCCAAAGUCCCGCAAAGGCUUGGGGAACUAGGGCUCGGCUUUCCCCCAGCCCCAGAUGGGCUAUACUUUACCACAGAUGGACAGAAAGCGCUCAGCCUCGGGGUCUGAGGAACAGAGUCAGGGCAGCCAGGUAAGGAAGCCGGGGCAGCCUUGCCUACUGUCUGCUGGGGACCACGGGCCCACCUGAGCUGGUGCGUGUGCACGUGCCCAGGGACGAGCCUUUCCCCUGGUGUCUCGGAAUCUCCCCACCGGCCACCUUGACGGUAUCAACUGGACGCCCCUGGCAAGGGCCCCACACCCUCAGAAUGCAGAUGAUUGAUUCAGUUAUUGUUAAACAUCUCUUCGGCUCCCCAAAGUUCAGGUCUUUCUGAGCUGUUUCAGCUCACGCUGGCACUGCCACUCUGAAAUUCACCAGCCCGCCUUCUGUUCACGGCAAAGCAAUGAUUGAUUUUGGUGAAGCCUUCACGGCAUCCUUGCUCCACUUUGUACAGAAGACAAUGAAACGCUGUCAUUACAACAGUGAUGUUUCUUUAUUGUUAACAAUACCCUGUACUGUCACUCAAGUACUGUACCUUUUUGGUUGCACAAAUGUGUUACUAACUACAGAGUCUCACGAUCUUAUGGUGCUAUUUUCAUUGGUGCAAAUGAAACCCUCUCUGUUGACCAUGGCUUGAUAUUAUCCGAACACAGGGAAAGAUCCUCAAUGUCAAUAAUAUCAUUGCUUUGUUCUCUUCUCUCCAUUUCAGAGUCAAAUGUAUAUAUUUUCCAUUAGUUAACUUACAUUACGUACUGUACCCAUGGUAUUUUUCUUUUACUUUUUGGUGCUGGUUUGAAAGAAAAAAAAAAAAAGAACAGAAGACAAACA